UUUUAAGCAUUGUCAAAACCCUCGUUUCUCUCUUUCUUUCCCUUCUUGGAAACCACUUCUGAGGUUUCCUUUCACCUCCAUCUCCAUUUGCAAAAGAUCUCUCUCUUUUGGAAAAAUGAGUUUGAGAGAAGAACAGAUUCAUGUCAUGUUUCUUCCAUACAUGGCACCAGGUCAUAUGAUGCCCAUGGUAGAUAUGGCCAGGCUAUUUGCUGCAAAUGGAGUACGAGUAACAAUAGUCACUACAAAAAUGAAUGCAAUUCGUUUCAAGAACUCUAUUGACAAAGAUUUCAGAUCUGGUCGAAACAUUUCAUUGGAAAUUCUUUCUUUCCCUUCAUUACAAGCCGGAUUACCUCAAGGCUGUGAAAAUUUGUCUUCUACAACCACGCCUGAAAUGACUAUUAAAUUAUUCCACGGCAUUGGAUUACUGGAACCGCAAAUUAAAAUCGUUUUCCAACAACACCGCCCUGAUUGUAUUAUUUCCGAUUAUCUCUUUCCUUGGACGGUUGAUGUUGCGGCGGAGCUUGGAAUUCCAAGAAUUGCUUUUAGCGGUAGCAGUUUCUUCAAUCUUUGUGUAGCCAAUAGUAUUGAGUGUAAUCGGCCUCAUGAUCUCAUUAAAUCGGAGACGGAAUCAUUUAUUGUUCCUGGAUUGCCCGACCAAGUGAAAUUAACAAAAUCGCAGCUUCCUGAUAUUGUAAAAAGCAAAACGGAAUUUUCUGAUUUGUUCGAUAAAUUGAAAGAAGCGGAGAGAAAAAGCUUUGGAGUUUUGAUGAAUAGCUUCUAUGAGUUGGAGCCAGCUUAUGCAGAUCACUUCACUAAAGUUACAGGAAUAAAAGCUUGGCAUUUAGGGCCUGUUUCUCUUUUCAAUAGAGAUGAUGAUGAUAAAGUGCAAAGAGGAGAUAACACUAAUGUGUGUGAGCGUAGUUGCUUGAAUUGGCUUGACUCGAAGAAACCCAAUUCUGUACUUUACGCUUGUUUUGGAAGCCUUACUAGAUUUACUAAGGAUCAAACAGUUGAAAUUGCUAAUGCACUAGAAAAUUCAGGAUUUCCAUUUGCUUGGGUUGUAGGUAAGAUUGUUAAAUGCAAGAACAAUGAAGAAGAUGAGGAAGAAUGUUGGUUGCCUGGAGGGUUUGAGGAUAGAUUGAAAGAAAGUGGUAAAGGAAUUGUAAUAAAAGGAUGGGCACCGCAAGUUCUAAUACUAGAACAUGCUUCAAUCGGAGGAUUUUUAACACAUUGCGGUUGGAAUUCUAUUCUUGAAGGUUUAUGUGCAGGUGUGCCUUUGGUUACAUGGCCAAUUUUUGCAGAGCAAUUUUACAAUGAGAAAUUGGUAACCCAAGUGUUAAAAUUUGGAGUGCCUAUUGGGAAUGAGAUAUGGAAAGUAUGGGCAAAUGAGGAAUCGCCAUUAAUAAGGAGAAAUAAUAUUGAAAGAGUAGUGAGAUUGGUGAUGGGUGAUGGAGAUAAAGCAAUGCAGAUGAGAAAAAGAGCAAGACAAUUACAAGAACGGGCUAAAAUUGCAGUUGAAGAAGGUGGGUCAUCUUACAACAACUUGAAAUCGGUAAUUGAAGACAUUAGAGUUUAUAAACGAGCAACAGAGAAAGUAAAGGAAAUUGAAGGGAAUCAUUUAAUAGAGUUAGAAAAACCCCAACAAGAGGUAACUGCACCUUGAUCUCCCUCUAGAAUACAAUAAUGGCAUGUCAUUUUUAUAUUUUGUUCAAAUUGAUGAGAUGGAGAUGGUUGAACUAUCAUCAUCAUCUUCUUCUUCUUCUUCUUCUUUUGUACCAUGCAUUUUCAAAACGUAGAAUUUCUUUUUGGACUAAUCACUAUGUGAUGAAAUUUCUUGCCUUUGGAUUUAUGCCUAUAUAAUUCGUGGAAUUGAAAUCCCUUGCCAUAAAUUUUAACGGUUGAAUAUGAAAUGUUAUUAAGGCAGUGUUUGUAUUUUCU